AUGACGCAAGAGACAGGGCAAUUUUGUACGGGCAUUCAAAAGCCUGCAAAAUAUAGGGGAAAACGAGGAGGGCAUAAUAGAGGAGAAUUUCAAAAACUUCUAUUUGAUUCCGAGAUUAAUGUGAUAUUUUCUUGCAGAAAAUAUGUUGGAGAUUUUUCAGUUAAAAUUAAGGAGUUGGGUUCUAGGAUCAUGAAUUUGAUUAGUGAAGGACUUGGUCUAGAGUAUGGAUAUUUUGAGGACGAUCUUAGCGGAUCCUUGAUUAUCUCUGCUGAUCAUUAUCCAUCAUGUCCUAAUCCAAAUUUAACCCUUGGUUUACUCAAGCACUAUGAUGCUUACCUCAUCACCAUUUUACUCCAAGAUGACAUAUCUGGUCUUCAAGUAUUAAAGGAUGGAGAAUGGAUUGGUGUUUCCAAGCUCUUCCUCAUGCAUUUCUCAUCAAUAUAG